AUGGCAUCAGUCACAUCCAAGAUAUUUGCCAUCACUGGCGGCGCAUCUGGGAUUGGUGCCGCAACCUGUCGCCUACUUGCUGAACGGGGUGCCGCGGUUCUCUGUGUCAGCGAUAUCUCAUGCAAGAAUUUUCAUGCUCUCAAGCGUUCAAUCGAGGAUAUCAAUUCAUCAACCGAAAUACGCUGCACUACAGUGGAUGUGACCUCCUCCGCGGAAGUUGAGCAAUGGCUCCGGGGUAUCAUCUCCACAUACGGUGACCUCCACGGAGCCGCCAAUGUCGCCGGUAUAGCUCAGGGCGCUGGCAUGAGACGCACACCUACAAUUGCAGAGGAGACAAACGAGGAAUGGAACAAGAUCCUGAAUACCAACCUGAAUGGUGUGUUCUACUGCACGCGGGAAGAGGUGCGUGCCAUGAAGAAUCUCCCUGUCGGCGAUAGAAGUAUAGUCAAUGUUGGCAGUAUCGCUGGCUUCUCUCACAUACCGGACGUGUAUGCAUACGGGACAUCAAAGGGGGCGUGUGCUUAUUUCACACACUGCGUGGCGCCGGAUGCAAUUACCCUGGGGAUCCGGGUCAAUAAUGUCUCUCCUGGAGUCACAAAUACCCCCAUGCUCCCGCAGUUUGCUCCAGGUGCCAAGUCGUUGGCGGAGAUAGAAGAGUCCUACAAACAGGAGGGACUUUCAUUGAUUGAACCUGAGGAUGUGGCCAGAACUAUUACUUGGUUACUGAGUGAGGACUCGCGGCCGGUAUAUGGAGCCAAUAUCAACGUCGGGGCUUGUAUGCCCUAG